AUAUGGCAGAGUUGAUUAAUGGCUAUUUAGCGAAAGUGACGUUGAAUCGAUGUGUGGAUUUUUUUCGGCAGUUUCUUCGCAAAAUGUUCGAUUUCCCCAUUCCCACACCGCCUAUAAUAGAGUCAUCAGAUCACCAAACAGAAUCCUCAAAAAUGGAGAAUUAUCAAAUCGAGAUCGCGACAAUUCACCACAGAACUCUGAGCGUCAAUGGAAUCAACCUCCACGUAGCCGAGAAAGGCGAAUCAGGUCCACUAAUUCUCUUCAUCCAUGGUUUCCCCGAGCUCUGGUAUUCAUGGCGUCACCAGAUCCUCGAUCUCGCCUCCCGCGGCUACCGUGCCGUCGCCCCUGACCUCCGCGGCUACGGAGACUCCGAUUCACCACCGUCGGUUACCGAUUACACUUGUUUCCACAUCGUAGGCGAUUUGAUUGCGCUAAUUGACGCCAUUGUUGGAGUAGAAGAGAAGGUUUUCGUUGUGGCUCAUGAUUGGGGGGCGGUUAUUGCUUGGAAUCUUUGUCUGUAUCGGCCGGAUCGAAUUAGAGCGUUGGUGAAUUUGAGCGUCACUUUCAAUCGACGAAGCCCUAAGAGAAAACCGAUUGAAUCGCUCAGAGCUCUGUAUGGCGAUGAUUACUACAUUUGCAGAUUUCAGGAGCCUGGAGAAAUAGAGGCUGAGUUUGACGAGGUUGGCACUGAAAGGAUUAUGACUGAAAUUCUGAGUUAUCGCAUUCCAAAGCCACUGAUGAUGCCUAAAGGCAGAGGCAGAGGCAAAGGCCACCCUCUGGAUACUCCCAAUCCUUUGCCUCCAUGGUUAACACAGCAAGACAUGGACUAUUACGUCUCCAAAUUUGAUAAAAAUGGCUUCACUGGCCCAAUCAACUACUACCGAAAUCUCGACAGGAACUGGGAACUCAAUGCUCCAUUCACAGGGGCUCAAGUGAAAGUUCCAACAAAGUUCAUUGUGGGUGACCUUGAUCUUACCUACAAUUCUUUUGGAGCUAAACAGUAUAUACACAGUGGGGAGAUGAAGAAAGAUGUACCCUUUCUUGAAGAGGUUGUUGUAAUGGAAGGCGUAGGUCACUUCCUCCAAGAGCUCAUGAGAUCAGCGAGCACAUCUAUGAAUUCAUUAAGAACUACUAGUUCUCUUAGGAUUAUUCUGGUUUUCCUUUUCUAUUUGCAUAAUAAGGAUUGCUUGAACCCAGGCACUCUCUCUACUAUUGUACUUCUUAAUUCAAUGCCUAUGGUAGUUAAAUGCAAAAAAUGUACUUCAAAUUUAAUGGUGUAAAUUAACAACUCUAAACCUACAAUCUUUUCAAAUGUUUCUCGAGCCUGGACUUUAUUGGGACUGGUGAUAGAGUUGUAGAAAACUUGAAACUCAAGAAGAUGUUUAUGGUUUCCUCCGAUUUUCGACAUUGAAAUGAACGUCUAUGAUAUUUGUUA